UGAAAGUAUAAAUUAAUUAUCGAUAUCCGAUUCCCUUUAUAUCUUCCAUAAGAGAGAAAGAGUGAAGUGAUGGCUGGCAUUUCAGUCGGAUCGUUCUAUUCUGUUUCAGGGUUAUUAGCUGCUAAACGAAACAGUCUUAAGCUAAAAACUCCACUAUUCUUAUCUCUCUGCCUCAGAACUUCUGUAACCGCUCGAUCUGCUCCCAUGCCGUAUGAAAAUGAGCUAGCCGCCGCCAAGAAAGCAGCCUCCCUUGCUGCUAGACUCUGCCAGAAAGUGCAAAGGGAACUUCUGCGUUCUGAUGUUCAAUCAAAAUCAGAUAAAAGUCCUGUUACAGUUGCAGAUUACGGCUCUCAAGCAUUGGUGAGUUUUGUGCUAGAGAGGGAGCUCCAUCCUGAGGCUUUUUCAUUAGUGGCGGAAGAGGACUCGGGUGAUCUUCUCAAGGAAGAAUCUCUAGAAACACUGCACCGCAUCACAAAACAUGUGAAUGAGACCCUUAUUAGUGAUGGAAGCUACGGCGUGUCCCCUUUAUCAGCAGAAGAUGUAGCUGUAGCCAUUGACAAGGGCAAAUCUGAAGGAGGCCCUCAUGGCCGGCAUUGGGUCUUGGAUCCCAUUGAUGGAACUAAAGGGUUUCUGCGAGGAGACCAAUAUGCAAUAGCACUGGCAUUGUUAGAUGAAGGGAAGGUUGUGUUGGGUGUGCUGGCGUGUCCAAAUCUACCUUUAACACCUCUUGGAAGUAAUCAUGAACAAACAUCCGAUGAGAUAAUGGGUUGUCUGUUUUCUGCUAAGAUUGGCCAUGGAACGGAAUUGCAGCCUCUAGAUGGCUCUUCUUCAGUAAAGGUGCGUGUCAGUGCUACAGAAAAUCCUGAGGAAGCGUCAUUCUUUGAGUCAUUUGAAGCGGCACAUUCCUUGCACGAUUUAUCUAGUUCAAUAGCAAAGAAACUGGGAGUUAAAGCACCACCUGUCAGAAUUGAUAGUCAGGCCAAGUAUGGUGCUCUUUCAAGAGGGGAUGGUGCCAUAUACCUUCGCUUUCCCCAUAAAGGAUAUCGCGAGAAAAUAUGGGAUCAUGCAGCAGGGUGUAUUGUUGUGACUGAAGCUGGAGGCGUUGUUACAGAUGCAGCAGGAAAGGCAUUAGAUUUUUCGAAGGGAAGAUUUUUAGACCUCGACACCGGCAUAAUUGUCACUAACCAGAAGUUAAUGCCAUCGCUCUUGAAAGCUGUUAGAGAGUCUAUUGAGGAGAAGGCUGAUUGAAUUUUUAGAAAAAAUAUUUUGAUGUUGUACAAGCAAACAAGUCCCAAAUGAGCAUAAUAUUGUGGUUUAAUUCAUUUGAACACUUUUUUCAUUUAGUAAGCUAAUUUUUAGUGGGAAUGGAAACUGAAACAAAAAAAACUACCUAUUGGGUUUUACAAAUCAUAAUUGCACUUAUUUAAUCAUAUAA